AUGGGUUCCUCGGCGCCUCAGACAUCCGCCCUCUUCGAGGCUGCGAGAGACGGCAAGGUACGUCUCGGGGCCUGCUGGGGCGGCCAGGGACCUCACAAUCCACACAAUAUCGAACAGCUCGCUGGAGUGUGGCGCACACACGGCCGCGCGGAACCGGUCAAGACAUUCUUUGAGCGAGCGGCACGAACGCUGCAAGAGCUGGCCUGCACUCCUCACGAGAGUGGUUUUCAUGAUGACUUUGGCUUCGAUCUCCUGCGCUGGAUCACGGAACCGACAUCUGCUCCGGUAGACGAGCAUUUGGCUCUGGCGCCAAUCAGUUCCCCAUUGAACACAGUCCUUGGGCUUCUGCAAUACUCCAUUGCCUGUCACCGGCUUCGGUGCACUCCAGGCGAAUUUGCAUCUGCCCUCACCGCCAUCACGGGCCACUCUCAAGGCAUCUUCGUCGCCGCUGCAGUGGUUUUGUCCAAUGAUUGGGACAGUUUCUGGAAGGCGAGCGAGUUUGUGCUCAGGCUCUCUUUUGCAGCGGGGUUGGAGGGACACCAUGACAACCCACCCUCUCGCCUCUCUGGCGCUGAGCUACAGGAGAGUAUCGAUCGCGGUUUUGGGAACCCUGCACCCAUGUUGGGUGUCUCGGGCCUGACGGCUGCAAGACUGAGUACCAUAAUCCAGGACCUGAACACCAAGAUGACGGACCAAAAUGGGCCACUCUACCAUGCGCUAGAGAACUCGCGCACCCGGCACGUCGUCUCAGGGCCGGUGCGCGGGCUCUGGAAACUUUGCCUCCUCUUGGACCGGAUGCGCGCAGGCGAGGCUCUGGACCAGACACGUGUCUUGCUCAACGAGCGGAAACCCAUCAUUACCAUGCGCUUCCUCCCCAUCUCGGCGCCGUACCACACUCCGUAUCUGAAAGCAGCAGCACGCCGAGUGGUGGAGAACUGGGGCUUGUUGUCAUUCUUGACGGACCACAAAUUAUCGCUGCCGCUCGUGCAUACACUGACAGGAGCAUGCGUACCGAGCCACAGCGCGGAGGCUCUGAUUCGAUCAUUAGCAGAGGCCGUGAUGAUAGACCGCGUGAGAUGGCCAGAAGCUUGCGACGCAUUGAACGUCAGCCACGCUCUCGACUUUGGUCCGGGUCGGGUUGGUGAUUUAGUAUCGCAAUCCGCCAGUCCGAGUGGCAUCUGCGUCGUGAACAUGACCGAAGCACAUUCUUCAACUCGGUCCAAUUUCUACUCGGACGAGCCCCUCCCAAGUCUCGUCGACUGGGCCUCGGCGUAUGGCCCGCGCCUCUCACAUUCGCCACAGGGAGCAUUGGUUGAGACGAAAAUGAUGAAAGUCUUCAAUUGCUGCUCUCCAGUCAUGGUGGCUGGGAUGGUCCCGACGUCUGUCCACCCCGACUUUGUUGUCGCGGUCAUGAAGGCAGGAUUCCACGCAGAGCUGGGUGGAGGGGGGUACUCGAACGAGGCCAAGUUCGAGAAGGCCGUGCGUGAAGUAGCUGCACGAGUGCCGCCAUACCGUGGCGUGACGUGCAAUAUUCUGUACGCCAACCCACAGAGCGUUGCCUGGCAAGUCUCCUGUCUGCGUCGCCUGAUCCGAGAAGGCGUACCGGUGUCGGGUAUCACGGUGGGAGCGGGGAUACCUUCGGACGACGUCGUGGCCGACUUGGUGGAGACGAUGGGUCUGCGGCACAUCAGUUUCAAGCCCGGAUCGGCGGCAGCGGUGGAGCGUGUGGUCGAGAUUGCCAAAGCCUAUCCCACCUUCCCGAUCGGCCUUCAAUGGACUGGCGGGCGUGCGGGAGGCCACCACUCGUUGGAGGAUUUUCACGAGGUCAUGCUGGCCAAGUACGCGCAGAUCCGGUCCUGUCCGAACGUUACCCUCAUCGCAGGCAGUGGGUUUGGCGGCGGCGAGGAUUCGUGGCCAUACGUGAGCGGCGAGUGGUCGGUCGAGUAUGGUUACAGUCGGAUGCCGUUCGACGGAGUGCUUCUUGGCAGCCGGAUGCUGGUGUGCAAGGAGGCGCACACCUCGCGCGCGGCCAAAGUGCUCAUCUCGCACACACCGGACGUCGGCGAUGCGGAGUGGCAGCACUCCUACAGCAAGCCGGCGGGAGGAGUGGUGACGAUUGUGUCGGAGAUGGGCCAGCCGAUGCACGUGCUCGCGACGCGGGGAGUGAUGCUGUGGAAGGAGCUGGACGAGACGCUCUUCUCCCUGCGCGACUCGGCGGCGCGCGCUGCGUAUCUCGUCCAGCACCGCGAGCGCAUCAUCGCCCGUCUCAAUGCGGACUCCGCCAAGCCGUGGUUCGCCGUCGACGGGCGGGGAUGCGCGGUGGCAGUGGAGGACAUGACGUAUCGCGAGGUGCUGGCGCGCAUGUGCGAGCUUCUGUUUGUGCGCUCGCAGGGCCGCUGGAUCGACGCGUCGUAUCGCCGGCUGGUGCUCGACUUCGUGCAGGUCGCGGAAGAGCGGUAUGGGAUCACGGUGGACGCAGCGCAUGCGCCCAGCACGUCUACGUCCACGCUCACGCAGGCCUUCGCGGCGCACCUGGGGCCUGCCGCCGACCACGUGCUGUGGCCGGACGACGUCUUCCGUCUGAUGGCAUUGUUUCGUCGCCGGGGGCAGAAGCCGGUGCCGUUUGUGCCCGCGCUGGACGAGCGCUUCGAGACGUGGUACAAGAAGGACUCGCUGUGGCAGUCGGAGGACGUGGAGGCUGUCGUCGACGGCGAUGUGCAGCGUGUGCUCGUCCUGCAGGGUCCCGUCGCGGCCCGACAUUCUACCGAGGUCGAUGAGUCAGCGGCCGACAUCCUUGGCGCCAUCAGCCGCUACUUCGCUUCUGCCGCCCAGCAACUACUCUCCCCGGAACACGAGUUAUUGGAUACAUGUAUUGACCAUGAUAUCGGCGCGCCACGACACGAUGACGAUACGCACAUCGAUAUCGGUCAUGCGCUGACAGCGUGCAACGGCCUGGAAAUCCACCAACACGACCGUCUGCUGUCGUACCGCUUCCUCCCCUCCGGCCGUCAUCCCUCCCCUGAUGACUUCCGCCACGCACUCGCCGGUACCACUCCAUGGCUCCAGGCCGCCCUCGACACCGACCGCAUCUUUUCCGGACACUCCUGGCGAGACAAUCCGAUCCGCGCCGCUUUUGCACCCGUUGCGGGCGACAUCGUCGAGGUGCGCCUCGCUUCAGGAUCCGCCAAGACUCAGUCCGUGACACUGCUCUCCUGCCAAGCGAAUAAUCGGCCAGAGAACAAACCCGCGCUGCGCAUCGCACUCGAAGACUCCUCCGCAACGCCAACAGUAGUCGUCACGCUCACUCCUCCCCUCAGCCACACAGACGCCGACGCCUCCAUCGACCUGCGUUACGCGCUCCAGACCGAUCACGGAGGAGCACGGCUACACCAGCAGGACAGCCAUCACCUGGAUGCCUUCACACAACUCUACCGCCAGCUCUGGCUUCCACACGGUGCCUGCCCCCCUGCCCGUCCCGCAGGCUUGUUCUCCGUUUAUCAACGACAGCAUGUCCACCUAUCCACCGACGUCGUCGCCAAGUUCGAGGCCACCAUCAGACGCACUGCGUCAUCGCGAGUCAAUACCUGGACGCCGGACAUGCCCAUACCACUAGAUAUAUGCCUUGUAUUCGCAUGGGAGGCAUUGAUCUCGCCUCUGGUGCACGAAGACCUGAAAUGUGACUUUGUUCAUCUUCUGCAUCAGUCAGCCGACAUUGAGCAGCAUCCGUCCGUACAGCCUUUGAUGGUCGACGACGUAGUGCAUACAACGUCUCGCAUCACGACUUUAUCGGACUCGGCGUCAGGAAGAAAAGUCGAGGUUUGCGCCCAUAUCGUACGAGAAGGAGACACCGUUGUCACGGUGAAAACCGUCUUCUUCCUCCGCAGGCUAUCUGCUACGCAAAGCCUGACACAAUUUAGAGAGGAAGAGGAACCCGAAAUGAUUUUCCACGCUGACACGUCUCUGCGCAAAGCCUUGAUACUCGACCGUCAGUGGCUACAUCUCGACUCAGAUUGCCCUGACAUCGACGGAAAUUCACUCGUUUUCAGACUGGUGCGCCGGACAGGUACAAUCAACACAAAUGGAAACGCAAACGCGCUUCAGGUGAGAGGGGAAGCAUUCGCGCUGGAUGCUAACAAACGACUCGACCGCGUGGGAACUGUGGACUUCAAGACGACCGACGAGACCGACAACGUGGUUAUGAGCUUUCUACACCGCCACGGGAGUGAAAGAUGGCCCCGCCAAGCAUUGAAGCAGCCUGGCUGGACCGGGCUGAAUGCAAUCCAUUUCAAUGCUCCUGUCCAGAGCAGGUCGUAUGCGCUCGCAUCUACCGAUCUCAACCCUAUCCAUGUUUGUCCCGUCUUUGCCAGGUUCGCAGGCCUGCCUGGCACAGUCGUCCAUGGAAUGAACACAUCAGCCAUCGUCAAGCGCUUGGUAUGUUAUUAGCAAAAGUGUAAAGGCUCUAGACCCUAGGCAUAUACUGACAGAUGACAGGUGCAAAAUGCUCUUGGCGAUACCUCGCGGUCACGCUGUCAGCGCUGGAAAGUCACCUGGGAAGGAAUGGUACGCCCCGGCGAUGACCUUGCUAUUGAAUUUCAGCAUUCGGCGAUGGAGCGAGGAGCAAUGGUCAUCGACAUUGAAGUACGCAAUACUCGAACCGGAGAGAAAGUCCUGAGUGCCGAGGCUCUCGUGGAACAACCCUCGUCAGCCUACGUCUUCUGCGGUCAGGGGAGUCAGAAGCAAGGCAUGGGCAUGAAACUUUACGAGGAGAGCUCCGUUGCCAAAGCGAUCUGGGAUCGGGGAGACAAACAUCUCCACGAUAAGUUCGGCUUCUCUAUCCUGAAGAUAGUCCGCGAGAAUCCGGAGCGCUUGCGUGUCAAGUUUGGAGGGAAAAGGGGCAGGAUUGUUCGCAAUAACUUCCUCUCCAUGACCGGCGAGACGGAACGUAAAUGCGCGGUGCCGGGUGUCACGCCCUUGUCCCUGGAACAUACCUUUUUCGAGCAGAGAGGUUUGCUGUUCAGUACGCAGUUCUCGCAGCCUGCGUUGUAAGUCUCUUCAGCCGAAUUGAACCUCCCCAAAGCGUAUAUCUGACUGAUAGACAUAGGCUACUCAUGGAGUUGGCUGAAUUCGAGCAUCUCCGGCAUACUGGUGUGAUUAAGGAAGACGCACCUUUUGCUGGACAUUCCCUGGGAGAAUAUGCAGCUUUGGGUGCGUGCACAUCUUUCAUGCCACUCGAGCACCUUCUCGAGUUGCUGUUCUUCCGCGGAUCGAAGAUGCAGAACGCGCUUCAACGAGACCGACAGGGUAGGACUGAGUAUGCCAUGAUGGCCGUCGACCCUUCGAGAGUGGGUAAUGGUAAGUCUCGAAUGAUGCUGCCACAAGCUACAAGAACACUGACUUCGGUCUAGGUUUGAAUGAAUCCACGCUGCAGACGAUCGUGACUCUCAUAGCCUCCGAGAUGAAGGAGCUGCUCGAAGUUGUCAACUUCAACGCCAAAUCGCAGCAAUACGUUUGUGCCGGCCAUUUCCGCACGCUGUUCGUCCUGGGCCAGAUGCUCGAUCGAUUCAGCGCCUUACCCACUGUGGAUAAGGCGCAACUCAAGCAGGUGAUAGUCGUCGAGGCCGCUGCCGCGAAGACUAUUACGAGCAGCGAUGCGCUCCAGCGCGGCAAGGCUUCCAUCCCACUGCGUGGCAUUGAUGUUCCUUUCCAUUCCACGCGUAAGUCGUUCACCCCCUCUGCACUUUCACUGAUAACCACACAAAACAUGCACACAGAUACUGACGUUCUCCCGUAGUCCUGCGACCCGGCGUUCCCCAGUAUCGCAAGUACUUAUCUGAGCGCAUCAGCGUCGAAGACGUACGGCCGUCGGAGUUGGUGGAUCGAUGGAUUCCCAAUGUCACCGGAACAACGUUUAGUAUCAACAAGGAUUAUAUCGAAGAGGUGACGCGGAUGACUGGGAGCCAGCAGUUAAGAGGACUGAUUCCAGGGAUGGCUUGA